AUGAUGUGGAUGGUGAGCAUGUCCCUUGCGCAGCACAUGAGGCUGGAAUCCUCCCUUGUGGUCCGAGAUGUAGUCCACAAUGCGAUGGGUACCAUCAGCCUCAUCCAGAGUGUACUGUCCCUUCACGUGGUCCCCAUCGCGGUGUUCCCAGGCGCUCUUGUGAUCAUUAUCGCUCUAGUUGUUUGCCUGUCAGUCAUUGCUAGCGCUGAGUACUAUGGGCAUGGUCAUCAUCACGAAGAACACCAUCAUGCCCAUCCGAAAUACAAGUACGAAUAUGGCGUCAAGGACCCACACACCCACGACCAUAAGAGCGCCUGGGAACACCGUGAUGGAGACCAAGUGAAGGGACAGUACACCGUAGAUGAAGCCGACGGAACCCACCGUGUUGUUGAUUACCACUCUGAUCACCACCACGGUUUCCAAGCCCAUGUUCAACGCAAGGGACACGCCCACCAUCCUCACGGAGAGAGCUAUGCCAAUGUUGAUCAGCAUCACUGAUUGAAUAGAUUAGUUGACUAUAUUAAAUAAAAUGUAGGAACAUAAUAA